GAACGUGAUGUUUGAUUGUAAAACACAACAGGUGUGACGUCACUAUUUUAAUGAUCUAUUACAGGAAGGAUAGUCCAAGGUAAAUAUUUUACACGUGAGCCGUCCGACUGACUUCACGGCGAUGUCCCUCUACAACGUAACCUUACUGGGACUUAAUGACGGAACCUUCUACCCCCUUCACGUGUCCGCCAUCGUCUGUAUGUCCUGCAGUUUGCUCGCCUCCAUUGUCGUAACUGCCCUAUCGUUUAAGACUCACAAGAAAGGCUUCUACCUCUGGCCUAGGAGUGAGCGAUUCGUGGUGUACCUAGCGUUAUGUGAAGCUAGUUUUAACUUUAUCCACAUGUUUGACCACGUUACCAUGAUCACGGAGCGGGACCAUGUCCACCCUCUUGAACUGUGCCAGUUUUAUGCUUUUUUGAUGGUGCUUUUGGUGACUACUAAGAACUUGGUUUUGGUCACUAUUGCCAUAAACGGGUUUCUGUUGAUUCGGUUCCAGCGGCAGAUGGAGUUCGGGACCAGGGAUUGGAGGCUAUUUGCGGUAACACUGGGGAUCCCUUCUUUCUAUUGCUCUGUGGCUCUGUCCCUCCAACAGCUUGGGCCGGCAGGUGCUUUCUGCCUAGUGAUACCCGGAAUAUCAACUUUCCUGAUGACAAUCAUUCCUUUCAUCCUUAUCUUACUGGUCAACACAACGCUCUACUCACUCACGUGGUUUCACAUACGAAGAGAUGCUCAACAAAUCAGAAGUGUAAUUGGUGCGCAGGCGCAGUCUGGAACUUCCUAUAUUCAGGCGGCCAAGACUAUGACGAUGUUUAUAACAGUUUUUACAAUUCAAUGGUGGGCGGUGACAGUGUACGGUAUAUGGCAAAUCAUAUCACACGACGUGCCCUCCAUUGUAUAUAUUUUUGUUGUUAUUUUUACCAACAUAGGAGGAUGCCUGAAUCUGAUCGUGUUUAUAUCUAUUCAGAAAAAGCGUAGACGGAUUGUGGCGCUUGAUACCAAGGUUCAAACGUCACGUCUACCUGUAAAUGUGAACCCGUUUCAGGUGAACGCCAAUUUCACGUCAGACAAAGUGAAAGCUCAGAAUACAAACUCCACAGGAAUUAACACAUCCUCAGAAAAGAUUGAACGCCAUUCCAUUGCAGAUGCCACUGUUUGAUACUGUCAACGAUUCUGUUUUUUUACCAUGUUAUCCCAAAAUUAUA